CAUGCAAUCAUUGUAUGGGUCACCGACCUCAUUGUCAUUUCUAUCAGCAUCACCAAUAUUACAAUCGUCAUCACAAAUAUCUUCCUCUUCCUCAACGGCGUCGGCAUCGUCAUCGACACGGUCACCGUCGUCACUAUCAUCACCAUCAGCGUCUUUACCAUCUUCGAAAUCAAUUCCAACAGCAUCACCAUUCUUAUCGAUGUUAUCAUCGUCAACGUCAUGGUCAUUGCCAGUGAUACUGUCAUCUUCGUCAUCAUCAUUGUCACCAUCAUUAUCCCUGUCAUCAUCAUCGUCUUCGUCAUCUCGAACUUUUACAUCUCCGCCUGCGCCACUGUUAACAAUAGAGAGGGUGGCAAAUGAAUAUGUUUCUAAACUUGGCACGGUCGAACUCAGCAGAGAAAGUUCGUUAAAGGAGGCAAUGCGUUUGUUCAACGAAUUCACCAAUCAGUAUCAGAACAUAACCAAGCCUAUCAAAGGCCAACUUGGCAAAGGAGAAGUAACGAAAGGAACAGAAGCUAUCUUUAAGGUGGCAGUAGCUUUCGAAAAAUUGGUUCUCGAUUACAGCAGGUACCACCUAAAUGAAAAAAAGCCGUUAAAGAAGAUGUAUGACCGUAGAAUGGUUUUACGUAUAAAGAUAGGAUACCCCAAUGAUGCGAGUAACUUCCUUCUCGAAGAUGAAGAAAGGCAAGCCAGUAUUAACAUUUCCUCUGCAAACUUUGCCGAGAAUGGGUCAGUGGUUAUAGGAUGUGUGUACAAAGAUCUCCAUGAAUUACUGCUGACUAAUCAACCCAUCGGCAAUGGAACUAACAAUUCAAGAUAUGUGAACACUAGGAUAAUGACGGCAGAUAUGGAUCCUAAACCUGAAAAAUUACAAUAGGAUGUAAUCUUGAAGUUCA